CAACUGCCGCCCAAACCCGAAGCAUGCCCCUGGCUCUGUCUGUCCUUUGACAUUACCGAAUAGGAGCACUCUAGUCCCAUAACUACUUUGCCUGAUUUCUGAUACUGCUCGUUCCGUCAUACCUGAACAUCGCGCGUUUUGCGACAAUUACCAAGCACCAUUCCUGGAACGGCACAAAGGGGGUUUACGCUGAGAGGGUACUUAAUACGUUGAAACGCCGUCCCAAGACGGUAUCCCGGAUCGACCGCGCUCUCCGAACUAUACAGUCCCCUAACACAAGAUGACCACGCCCUCACAGUCUGAGACCGCCGGCGCGGCGGUCAACCAAAAGCUCCAGUCCGCCCUUCCGUCUGCGGUCGCCAACAAGAUCCCUCACAUUCCCGAGAGCAAGGAUGAGCUCAAAGCCGAGAUCAAGGCCGAGGCAAAAGCAGCAGCAUCCUCGGGCCUGUCACAACUCCGGUCCUUCGUCGCCGGCGGCUUCGGCGGUGUGUGCGCCGUCGUCGUUGGCCACCCCUUUGAUCUGGUCAAGGUGCGCCUGCAAACUGCCGAGAAGGGCGUCUACUCGAGCGCCCUCGACGUCGUCCGGAAGAGCGUGGCCAAGGAUGGGUUGCGGCGGGGUCUGUACGCCGGCGUCUCCGCGCCGUUGGUCGGCGUCACCCCCAUGUUCGCCGUCUCUUUCUGGGGCUACGACCUAGGCAAGACCAUUGUGCGCGCGACCAGCACUGUUGCCCCCGACGGCUCCCUGUCGAUCGCGCAGAUCUCGGCCGCCGGCUUCUUCUCGGCCAUCCCCAUGACCGCCAUCACCGCGCCCUUUGAGCGCGUUAAGGUGAUCCUGCAGGUACAGGGCCAAAAGAAGCUCGCGCCGGGCGAGAAGCCCAAGUACUCGGGCGGCAUCGACGUGGUGCGGCAGCUGUACAAGGAGGGCGGCGUGCGGUCCGUCUUCCGCGGCUCGGCCGCGACGCUGGCGCGCGACGGGCCCGGGUCGGCCGCCUACUUCGCCGCGUACGAGUACAUCAAGAAGGCGCUGACGCCGCGGGACCCCGUGACGGGCGAGGCGACGGGCAAGCUCAGCCUGACGGCCGUGACGUGCGCCGGCGCCGGCGCCGGCGUCGCCAUGUGGAUCCCCGUGUUCCCCGUCGACACCGUCAAAAGCAGGCUGCAGACGGCCGAGGGCAACGUGACGAUUGGCGGCGUCGUCAGGGGCCUGUACGCCCAGGGGGGCUUCAAGGCCUUCUUUCCGGGCUUCGGGCCCGCCCUGGCGAGAGCCGUGCCUGCGAACGCGGCGACCUUUUUGGGGGUUGAGCUGGCGCAUCAGGCUAUGAAUAAGGUUUUCAGCUGAGGGGGGAAUGAAGUGUUCGGUGCGCAGGAUGUUCUGUCUGCAGUUAAGAGCCCUGCAUGCUGUCUUUCAUGGUUUCUGAGGUGGUGUGGGUUGGCAUCGUUGGUCAUGGAUAUCUUGUCAUUGCAAAUGUCGUCGGCUGUCUGCUCGUUUGAGGGUGAGGAGUUUGGGUUCGAACUCGGGCAUGCUAGAUUUGAAGUAUCUUUUCGCACACUUUUGCGAGUCGGGUUCAAGUUUUCCGGUCACAUUGUCAGAUGCUAUUUUCAUAGACUAGAGCUAGCUCUAGACAUAGACCAACGCCGUAUGGGUCCCUCCAAAAAGGAGCAACAACGCGGUCGAUAACC